CACUUUGCUUCCUCAGUCACCCAUCAUCCCACCACUUCGACAGACGUCGUCAACCGAGAAAUCCACCCAAGCCGAGAGGAAGAAGAAAGAGACCACUACCAAGUCAAUUCUUACUUGCUUUGAUCUGGUUUCAUAUCAAGUCAGUAAGCGAUUGACAUUCCGUAGGAUCGGAUCGGAACAAGAAACUAACUAACCAACUCAACAAGUAAACAAGUUACAGUUGUGAAACAAAACUUGAUUUGAAUUUCAAUUUAAAAGUGGUCGUGCGAUAAACGACGAGUGAUUGAUUGAAUAUUUUAAACUUUGAAACUGACAUUUAUCCCGAAUUUUGUGUGGUCUGAAAACACAUUCGUAUUCUGAUCAAGGAUUCUUAAUUGGACGUAAUAGUUGGGAGAUUUUAUUCAAGUUGUCACAUCUCCACGACUUUCUUCCUCACCGAAAACAACAACCCGAGUCAUUUGAGAGUUUACCUCUACCUGCCAAAUUUACAAAAUGAGAUUAACGAUAUUAUCGUGGGGAUUCGUCAGCUUGGCGUGCCUAAGCUUUACUUCCACCCUCACCAGCGGGCAGAGACCCUCUGCCUUGUCCGGCGGCGGAGGUCUAAGACCUUUGCUGGGACUGACGCUGAGACAACAACUUCAAGCCGGACAACCCCCAGUCCCCAGAUUUGACUGUAACGCGGAACACACCGGGUUCGAGUUGGUGACAGGAUUCGUCUUCUCGUCCCCGGCUGACCUGCUCGACUCCCAACCUGGAACCCUCAUGUUGGCUGAUUGUUUGGAGGCAUGUCGAUUGAACUCAUCGUGCAGGGCCGCAAAUUACGAAACCGGUCUGUGCGUCUUGUUCUCCGCGGAUUCAGAUCAUCGACCAGGAGCAUUGAGUUCUAGCCAAUUCCCAGUGUUUACCCUGUAUGCGCAAAAAGUCUGUCUGAGCGGACAUUGUGACCGGGCUUGGGAUUAUGAACGGGUUCCGGAUUUCAAACUCAAAUCCAAGAAUAUGGCCAGCCUUGCAAAGAAGCAGAGGAAGACUGGGAGCCGAACUUCAUGCAUGGAACUUUGCCUUUCGGAACGCGACUUUGUCUGCAGAUCCUCAAUGUUCAACAAAGCUACUGGAGACUGCGUCUUGACCGAUAUGGACCGAAUGUCGAUGGGAACCAUGAAUGCGUUGGAGGUGGAAAAUGGAACUGAUUACAUGGAAUCGAACUGUGUGAUGGAUCCAACCAAGCUCUGCGACUUUAAAAAUCUUGAUGGCAAGAUUCUGAAGACUGUGGACGCCGUGUAUCAAGAAGUCUCAUCAGAAUCUGAAUGCCAAAAUCUUUGCCUGAAUACGGCAUUCCGCUGUCAGUCUUACGACUACAAUGCUACGGGUGCACAAGUAUGCAGAUUGAGCCACCACAACUCUUUAACCUUGACGCAAAUCCGAGACCCCUUCCUUGUCGUCCCUGGAGCAUCCACAAAGGAACUUGCUGCCUGUUACAAUGUCAGUGUGGACUGCCGAGCUGGAGACAUGAUUGCCACCGUGAGAACGUCAAAGAUCUUCCAAGGAAAACUUUACGCCAAAGGUGCACCUAAUAGCUGUGCCGUGGAUGUGGACAACUCUCUGGAAUUUAAAUUGAAAUUGGCUUACACUGAUUUGGACUGUGGUGUCCGACGAGAGUCCAUGGGUCGGUAUUCCACUGAGGUGAUCUUGCAACAUCACGAUCAAAUCGUUACUGCUUCCGACAUGGGACUUUCCGUCGCCUGCCAAUAUGACCUCACGAACAAAUCCGUGUCAAAUGAAGUUGACCUCGGCGUGGUUGGAGACUUGAAGAAUUCCAUUACUCAAGAAAGCAUUGUAGACUCACCGAAUGUGGCCAUGCGAGUAACAGAUCGACGUGGAGAAUCUACUGGAGCAGCUCAGGUCGGAGACCCGUUGUCCCUUCGUUUCGAAAUUGUGGACCCCAACAGCCCAUACGAUAUCUUUGUACGAGAACUUGUCGCAAUGGACGGAGUUGACGGAUCAGAAAUCAUGCUUCUCGAUGGUGAAGGUUGCCCCACAGAUCAGCGAAUUAUGGGUGCUCUAAAUCGGGCUUCGGAUGAUCAAAAAGCACUCGUAGCUCACUUUGAUGCUUUCAAGUUCCCAACUUCAGAAAUUGUCCAAUUCCGAGCUUUAGUUACCCCCUGUCUGCCACAUUGCCAACCGGUCAUCUGCCCCGUCCAAGACGGUACCGGCCUCCUCCAAGAAGUCCCCUCUCUCGGAAGAAGGAAGCGCAGGAUGCUCAACUCCACUGGAGAAGAGCCAUCCUCCAACCAACUUGGUGAACCCCACAGAUAUUCCGGAGCCACUUCUUUCGUUUACAGCCACAUGCACCGAACCCGACGUGACCUGAGCACGGACAAAAAUGAGGUUUUGCCCCAAGAAGAAAUGCUGUUGGUUCGAUCCAUCCACAUUUCUGACCGAUUUGGACCCGACAAGAAACGCGACCGUAAACUUUCACCUGACUCUUCCUCUGCAAACUCCAACUUCCGAGAUAACGAGAAAAACUCAAGGAUCAACAAUUUUGAGGAUGAUGACGAUGACGAUGAAGCUUCCUCCUCCUCCUCUUCUGACCGCCGACCUUACGAGGAGAGAAAGAGUGAAAGCACCAGCCGUCCCACGAGCUGUAUCAAUUUGUCCACCGUCUUGGGGGCUGGAGCUGUUGUUGUAGGUAUUCAAAUUGCCAUGCUUAUCAUCGGAGCUAUGCUGUUUCUUCGAAGGAAGGAUAGCAGUAGCAAAUUGUUGCCACAACAAGGAUCCCGACCACCUCAACAGACCAUAUUCGUUAAGAGAUACUAACUAAAAGCGCUAUAAUAACUUAACACUCAAUUACUAUACAUAGAUACUUAAUUAACUACUGUACUGUACAAACAAUAUUAUUCUACACUGAAAGACUCGCGCAUAGACCAUUGAUUAUACCACAAACGUUAGUAUAUCCAUACAGAAGUAAGAGAGAGCAGGUGAAAAAAAACUCAUUAAUGAUUCAUCAGUACAUUCUUCUCGUCACGGCCUUCUAAGGAAGCAUUGGUGCUAAUUCAGCUAAUUGUUGUCACUGGUCAAUCAAUACAUCUAUUCAUUCGUACCUGAGAGAAUUACAUCAUCCUACCACCGCUGCUUUUAACGUUCUCAAGAAGACAAGGGAAUUAAAGUCUCAUUCCCUUGAAAAUUUGCCCCACAUAAAAAAAUCUCAUUUGUACCUGAUUAUGUUUCUGAAAAAAAAGUAAAUCCCCCCUGAUGAAAAAUAUGUAGUGAGUGGUCAGCCAAUGGAAAAGUGACGAUACAUUAUUGUUAUUAUGAGUGCUUUCUAUGAAAGAAGAUGUGAUAAUAGGACUACUGUCAACGUGUAUUCGUUCAAGAGAAAAAAAAAUAGAAGCAGCAUGACUCUGCCUACUUUCGGACAAAAUAUAAACGCCAAUUCAAUCUACUCAACUUGAAGAGUACUUGACUGACUCUAAAUCUACAUGACAGUAUUUACGAAAACAAUAUUAUGUAACAUUCUCAACAAUUCAGAACAACCGUAAACUGGAACGACUCAUUCAAGUGCUUAUUCAUGUAAACUCCAUAUACAUACAAAAAUGAACGUAGUAACGUAACAUUAUAGGAUUAGUUGGAGGGUGGAAAAAAGGCGUAAAAGUUGAGAAAAAGUAGUAAUAUUAGGAUACAUACAUAAGUAAAAUAUAGUCUCAUAAGAAGACUCUCAACUGAUUAUGACUAAUCAUUAUACUUUAAAUAAAUGGUCAUUCAUCGUCAUAAAUACUGUAGCAGAACAUUUAGCUUCUUUGUAAUGUAAUGCUGCUCGUAUUUAAUAUUUUUAGAUUGACAAGUUGUUGUAAGUCAUUCAGACGCACAAUGGGGUAUACUUUUCAAAAUUGUGAAGAUGUUGAUAACAACAAUUUCAAAUCAAAUAUUUGUACGAGUUGUUGUUAGUGGAUAAAGCUUGAAUCUCAUACAUAUUAGUUAAUUAGUUCGUAUGUGUUGACGGUUGUGGGUAUUUAUUUAGUAAUGUUAUACAUACGUCUAUUAUUUAUCAUACUUUUAGUAGUAUUUAGAGAUUUUUUACCUCUGACCUAUUAUUUGUUGGGAUUUAUUUAUUAAACUAGUGCUAAGUAUUUAUUAUUAUUUUAUUUAUUAUGGGUGAUAGCAAUAUAUGGAAUGGAGAAUAUUGUUAUUAUUUAUGAGUAUUAUUAGUUAAGACAUGAUGGAAAGGUGUGUAUAAGAUUAAGCUUGGUGCUUUUUUAAAUAUGACGAUGAGGAGAAGAGCAAUGAUAAUUAUUAUUUACUAUAUAAACUAACCGCUAGCUAAGCAAUAAAGUAUGUAACUAACAGCUAAUAGGGUUUGGGAAAAGACAUUAAUUACAUACAUACAUACGCACUAUGUACUACACACUCUUGGCUGUUACCGGCUAAAACACAAAACUGCAUUAUUAGAUGACGUACAUAUAUCAGCGAAUUCAUAUCCCUCAGUUUUUUUAACUAGUACAUAAAUGAAUUCAUAACAUUAACACAAUCCGCUGGUUUAUCUUCCUCCUUUAUAAUUUGAAUAUUCAGACAUUGACGCACUCAGCUCAAACAUCACGGGAAAGGAAACCACUAAAAGAAACCACAAUUUCAAUCUGUCGAAAAUCAUUACAUAUUAGCAAAAAAAAUUUGAUAGGAAUAAUUCAUCAAAUCAUUGUCUUCAUCGCGUCGUCGUCGUCGGUGGCGAGCGGCUUAUUAAACGGAUCUUUUCGACAAAACUUGCAAUGUUUAUGUUAUAUGUUAUUGUGCAUUCGAGUUGAGGUGAUCAUUAUUACAUAAUAAUGUAAUAUGUAAAUGUGGUUGUGAAGUGCUGGGAAUGUGAUACAGCGGCUACAUAAAUUUUUGUUUUUGUGCUACAUAUUCACUUAUGUACCACCUUCACUCACCUCACACACUCAUCUUCGUCACCUCACUCACUCACAUUAUUUGAUUGUAGCGGAAGUGUCAUCGACAUCCAUCCGCAGAAGAGUAAUAAUAAUAAUAUAAUGAUGAUCCAACUUUCAUUGCUUUCUGAAUCAAGCAGAAUAAUAAGAAGAAAAGAAAGGGCACACAACACACAUAUACAUACAACAUAACACUACACUCACGCAAUUCCUAUCCGUUUCAUAACUUUUUUUGCUGUAAAUCAGUUAAAAACACUGACACCAUAGAAGGAAGGAGAUUGAAAAGAAGAAGAAGAAGGGAACGGGAUAAGAAUAAAACAUCAGGAGAAGAACAGUACUGUAGAAUUUCAUACUCUAUUAUACCACACAAUGAUUGUCAUUGAACGUCGGUUUGUAGCGAAGAUAAGUGAAUUUUUUAUUUAAUUUAGUCUCAUCUUCUUCUCCUUCUUCUUCGCAAUCUCUCGAGGACGACAACGCACAAUCUUUUUGGUGCGAUGCUAGAAAAAGUGCGUACGAUACGAACGACGCUACCAACCACAAUAAGAUACAUAUGAAUGUAUGUACCCGACGUCUUUGCUUAUUUGACUCUACAUACAUAUACGCUGUUGCCACUGGGUAUUUAACUUUUUGUGGAAGCAGAUCAAAAUUACAUGAUGGGAGAUGGCACGAUUCAUGUCGGAAUUGAGAUGAAAGAAAAAAAAAACUAAAUAAAAAUCAAUUCGAGAGAAAUUCCUUUCCCGUGAAGUUGCAGUGUUCUUGUUGCGUUGAGUUUGUGUUUUUCAAAAAAAUUAGCUCCGUGCAAUAUCUAUGGCCGUGUAUUUAAAUUCGAUUUUGUUUUGUAUAUGUAUUUGUGAAAUGGAAGAAACUUAAGUAAUUAACUGACUAACUGAUAUUUCUUCAACGAAUGGCCAUUUUGUUUAUGAAUUAUAAAUACUGACUGUAAGAUAUAACUACCUACCGACUAGUUUUAAAUGACGAUAACUCGUAUUUAGCUUGUAUGUUUUGUACUUCUUGUAUUAUGUAGUGGUAAGUAAAUAAAUAACAUUUUAGUAAAAUAUAA